AUGAACGUCUCGACAUCGGAUCGAAGCCACCUACGGACGGAAGUGUGGCUUCCUCGCAACUACACUGGACGUUUCCUCAGUACUGGAAACAAUGGCAUGUCCGGAUGUGUCAAGCAGGAUGACCUCAGUUUUGCCACCAAGUUUGGCUUCGCCUCGGUUGGAACUAAUGCAGGCCAUGAUGGUGAUACGGCUGAAUAUUUCCUAGGUAAUCCUGAGGUUCUCGCAGACUAUGCCUACCGGUCUGUCCAUGUGGGAUCGGUUGUAGGCAAGAAGGUGACGGAGCUCUUUUAUUCCCAAGGAUACAACACCUCUUAUUAUCUCGGCUGCUCGACUGGCGGACGUCAGGGCUAUCAGUCUGUUCAAAGGUAUCCGGAUGACUUUGAUGGAGUGGUGGCUGGCUCGGCGGCAUUCAACUUUGUCAAUCUAAUUUCGUGGGGCGGCUACCUUUACAAUGUGACAGGCACUACAGAAGAUGCCGACUUCAUUUCAAUUGAUAAGUGGUCCACAAUUCAUGAGGAAAUCAUGAGACAGUGUGAUACUAUUGACGGUGCCAAAGACGGCAUCAUUGAGGAUCCAGAUCUGUGCUCCCCAAUUCUCGAAACUUUGAUCUGCAAUGAAACCACCAGUGCGAAUUCCUCGUCUUGCAUCACUGGUCGUCAGGCCAAUAUUGCAAACCUUGCCUUGAGCGAUUUCUACGGACCUGAAGGGAAACUAUACUAUCCUCGUCUGCAACCUGGAGCCGAAGCCGACUCAGCCGCAAUCUACUUCUCCGGCUCUCCCUUUUCCACAUUGAUGACAUGGUAUCGCUACGUUGUGUAUAACGACAGCACGUGGAAUGCGAGCUCCUGGACGCCAGAAAGUGCCAAACUUGCGCUGGACCAGAACCCUUUCAAUGUUGAAUCCUUUGAUGCCAAUAUCUCCGCGUUCAGGAACCGCGGUGGCAAAUUGCUGGCCUACCACGGUAUGCAGGAUCCGAUCAUCAGUUCCACAAACUCGAAGCUUUAUUAUAGGCGUGUUGCAGAUGCUCUCAACCAGCCACCAGCCGAACUGGAUAAUUUUUUCAGAUUUUUCCCGAUCAGCGGAAUGGGCCACUGCGGUUCUGGUGCCGGUGCUUCGUACAUCGGGCAGUCCUGGGAUACAUAUUCUGAUGAAGCGCCAGAGAAUAAUAUGCUAGCCACAAUUGUGAAUUGGGUAGAGAAGGGUAUUGCCCCUGAAUAUGUACGCGGGGCCAAGCUUGAUGCGAGUGGAUCAGUGGAAUACAUGAGAAAGCAUUGCCGCUAUCCUCAACGCAAUAUCUUUACUGGUCCAGGGAACUAUACCAGUGAAGAUGCCUGGCGAUGCAUUUAA